UAUAAGGUGUUAUACCUGAAAAUGGAAGUAAAAAAAAUUAGGUCUUAAAUGUCGGUUUCACAAAAUGAAAAGAUCCAGAUAAAAGUUAGGUUUGUGAAUUGUAACCUUGGCUAGAAAACUUCUCAUUUGUCUGUAGAAGUGAACGGUUAAUAAGAUAAAGACACGGUGCUGAAAAUGAGGAUAGUUAUCACGAUAGACUGCAAAGUGUGCCCGGGCACAGAGAUCUCAAACCUGCAGCAGAUAGAAUGGCUGCCUGGUUUGGAGAAACGGCCUAGUGCUAGCAGUUCCACGAGAUCACUGCCCCGCCUCCCAGGUGUUACUAUGGCAACAAAGCACGCGCUGCCCUGCCAUCCAGCCGUUACCUUCCUAAGGCUGGUCACUUGUGACACCAGACGCCAAGUGCGCCCUAAGACAUUCCAGUUCGGGCUGAUCCUUCACCCGGGUGAGGGGCCGAGUGGGACACUAUGGCCAAGGGGGCGGCUUCCUCCGCGCUAGAGGACUUGGAUCUGAGUGGAGAGGAGGUGCAGCGGCUCACCUCCGCCUUUCAGGACCCAGAGUUCCGCCGAAUGUUCUCCGAGUACGCCUCGGAGAUCACCGACCCUGAGAACCGGAGACGCUACGAGGAGGAGAUCACAGCGCUGGAGCGGGAGCGCGGGGUGGAGGUGCGGUUCGUGCACCCGGAGCCGGGCCACGUGCUGCGUACGAGCCUGGACGGGGAGCAUCGCUGCUUCGUGAACGUGUGCAGCAACUCGCUGGUAGGCAAGCCCAGCAGCCGGCCGGGCCCGGGGAGCGGCGGCACGGCAGCUGGCAGCCACUGGUCCCUGCCCUACAGCUUGGCGCCCGGCCGCAAGUAUGCGGGGCGCAGCGGCUCCCGCUACACCGUCUACGACGUGGUCUUCCACCCGGACGCGCUAGCGCUAGCCCGGAGCCACGAGCGAUUCCGCGAAAUGCUGAACGCCACGGCCCUGGAGGCGGUGGAGCAGCAGUUCGGCGUCAGGCUGGACCGCAGGAACGCUAAGACCUUGAAGAUCAAGUACAAGGGGGUGCCCGAGGCCGCCGUGCUCCGCACGCCCCUUCCCGGGGGUGUCCCUGCCCAGCCCGAGGGGGAGCCGCCCGGGCUUCUCCCGGACCUGCAGUACCCGUACCGCUACCCCGCGGCGGCGGAGAGCACGGCUCGCACACCGGCGCCCCCGGCUCCCCAGGCCAAGCAGCGGCCGGAGCCCACGGAGCCGCGCUGUACCGUGGUGCAGCGCCACCACGUGGACCUGCAGGAUUACCGCUGCUCGCGGGACGCCGCCCCGAGCCCCGUGCCGCACGAGCUGGUGGUCACCAUCGAGCUGCCGCUGCUGCGCUCGGCCGAGAAAGCGGAGCUGGAGGUGAAAGGGAAGCUGCUAUGCCUGGACUCCCGGAGCCCCGACUACCGCUUGCGGCUCUCGCUGCCCUACCCGGUGGACGACGGCCGCGGCAAGGCGCAGUACAACAAGGCGCGGCGGCAGCUGGUGGUCACGCUGCCCGUGGCGCUGCACAUCGCGCGCCGGGACCUCGCCGCGACGCCGGAAGAGUCCGCGGCCGAGACCGGAACUGACGGAGCAGCCUGUGCUUCCGAGGGCGACCCUGCUGCCUCACGGGCAGAGCCGGCGGAGGGGACCCGAGCUGAUCGCGGGGACGAGAGCGGUGUGGGAGCCCCAGGGUUCGGGGCUACAGACGCUGAAGGGGAGCGAGAUUUCGGUGGGGACUCGGUGGCGUCUCUAGGCCUCCGGGAAGGUCCCCCUUCCGGGGACCGAAGCCUCCCUUGUUCUGCUCUCCCGGGCUGCAACACCGAGCCCCCUGCGGGAAGACGGGGACCGUGCGGAGACCUCAGUGCCCAGACGAGUGAGCAGCAGGAGGAGACCCUGCACGACACCUCGGGCCCAGCCAUGGGUGGCCCCAGAACCGAGAGCAUCGAACCGUUGUGCCCUCCUUUGCGGUGUAAUCAGGACGAGGACUCCUUGACUUUGCUCAUUCAAGUGCCUCGGAUUCAGCCGCAAAGUCUUUACGGGGAUCUGAGUCCCCUCCGUUACAAAUUGUGCUUCUCCACACCAGACUCAGGCUACUCCUUCACUUUGCAGUUUGCUCCAGAGAAUACAUUGAGUACCAAAGAACCCGAGAUUAGCAUUUCUUUAAACAAUGCAGUGAUAGUCCUGGCAAAAUCUCCGGAGAGCCGUGGACGCUGGCGAGAAUGGUAUUGUGGCUUGAACCAUGAUUCUUUGGAGGAAAGAUUGUUUCUUGAUGAAGAAAACGUUAAUGAGUUUCUCGAUGAGGUCCUGGGCGCCCCGUUGACACAGGCAAGGCCUCUGGUCCCACCGUUGAUUGAAGUUCUUCAGGUUACAGACGAGAAAAUUCGGAUUCGUGCAAAGUCGCAAGAAUGUAGUGAUCCUGAUGGGCUUCAAGGAACGGGAAAAGGAAGGAGUGAAGGAUGCCCUCUAAGUGGAAAGGGAAACACAGACCAUUUUCCCUCCUCUACAACUGACUCCUGUUCAUCUGCAGCAGUGGAAGCAUUAGAAACAAACCCCUGUGGUUCAGCUGUGGGCCCUCAACACAUUGGUUCUGAUGCUCCUCACGUGCUAUCUGGAAAACCCCAGCAACCAGAGCCAAACACGGAUCCUGAGUCUAUAAAAGAAAACGGUGCAACCUGCUCAACCGAGGAGCAGGAAACUAUAAAAGAGCCAGUCGUGACUGAGGAAAAGGAAGUAGAUGGUGAUCACCUGUCUUCAGUACUGAACAAAACUGUAGCACAAAACAUACCUGACUUGGACAGCAUCAAGGAGACCAAUACGGAGGAGGGCAGUGUGCAGAUCAUCAAGGAGACCAAUACGGAGGAUGGCAGUGUGCAGAUCAUCAAAGACCACACGACUCACUGUGCGUUCAGUUUUCAGAACGCUUUGCUGUAUGACUUGGAUUAGUUGUAUAUAAUUUUGAAAUUUAAGUGUUGUUUAAAAAAUUUGGGACCUAAAAUAGCUUCUUUGUGUUUUUAACUAUAAAACAGGCAGAGGCAGGUGAUCUCUGUUAGUUUGAGGGCAACCUGGUCUACAGAGUAAA